AUGCCGCCAAAGAAGGUUGUCAAAGAGGAAAAGGUCUUGCUUGGUAGACCAAGUAAUAAUCUGAAAAUUGGGGUGGUUGGGCUACCUAAUGUUGGAAAAUCGACGUUCUUCAAUGCCAUCACCAAAAGUGCAGUAGCAGCCGAGAAUUAUCCUUUUUGUACAAUCGAUCCGGAAGAGUCACGUGUAGCCGUUCCAGACGAACGAUUUGACUGGCUAUGUGAACUUUAUCAACCAGCUUCUAGAGUACCAGCAUAUCUUACAGUAAUUGAUAUUGCUGGGUUGGUAAAAGGUGCAGCUACUGGUGCUGGCUUGGGAAAUAAUUUUCUGAGUCAUAUACGAGCCGUUGAUGCAAUUUUUCAUGUUGUUCGUGGUUUUUCGGAAGAGGAUGUAAUUCACGUUGAAGGUGAACUUGAUCCAAUACGUGAUCUUGAGAUUAUUCACAAUGAGCUUCGGCUCAAGGAUGAAGAAUUUUUGACGAGACGGGUCGAAGAUUUAUCUAAAGUCACCGCACGUUUAGGAAAAGCCCCCUCCGCAGCCGAUAAAGCCAAAAAGGAAGAAUUGGAUGUUUCACAAAAAUUACUCAAAUUAGUUUCAGAGGAAAAUAAAGACGUUCGAAAAGCAAAUUGGACGAAUAAAGAA